AUGCCGCCUAAAAGAGGUCGCCCGUCAAACGCGCAGAGGGAAGCAGAGCGCAGUGCUGCAGUGUCAAAGGGAAAGGCUGCUGCUUCUACUUCUGCUGCUGCCCAGGAGCCGGCGAACACUCCCAACGGUUCCAUCACCGUGUCCGUCGGUGGUCCAUCUGCCACUACUGAGUCCCGCAGCCCGGAGACAGCUAAAACUGCCAGCAUGAACGCGCCUCGUGCAUCCGCCAGUGCCUCUAAGAAAGGCAAGGACCAGGCACAGACUGCUGCGAAUGCCACUGCAGAAGAGCCCAACGCCUCCAGCACACCUAAUGCCGCGGACGCAACGACCAACGGCACCACUCCCAUCACCACCACCAGCACAACUAACACCAAGGAAAGCAAACUCAGCGGCAAUGGCACCCCCAAGAAGAACACCGAGACAGCGCUGGUUGUCGCCAGCGACGGAAACAGUGACAUGAACAGCAAGAACAGCAAGAACAACGACAUAACAGCCUUGGCCCGAGGCGGUGCAUACACAGCAGCCUCACGCGUCAUCGGCACGGGAUACGAGAACAUCAACAACAUCGAGGAGAUCCAGCUUCGUCAGUUCCACGAGGACAUCGACGCCUACCAGCACGACCUGGCCUUCUGCACCGCCACCCUGGCUAUGCCCGACCUCACGCCCCAGGAAGCCCGCAGUUUCCAGCUCCGCCAGCUUGAUCUCGGCCACCAGAUCCGCCACUGCCAGCACAAGAUCGAGAAUCUCCAGGUCCAGCUGCGCCGGCAGGGAAUUCCGUUUACCAACUACAGCGCCUCGAGUGGUGGACGGGCGUACACGGCCUCGUUACUUGCCGGAGCGGGAGUGGCGGGUGUGAAGCGGAGCGAUCCGUCAGACGAUGACGACGACGGCGGUAAGACCACGGGAUCGGCCAAGAAGGCGAAGCUGACCCCUGAUGAGCCGCAGUUGUUGGAUGCAGACGGCGACGAGGUGAUGACCACCGGCGCCGGCAGGGAGAGGGAGACAGGCAGUCCUAACGGCAAUUCGUCUUCACCCCAACCACUCCCUUACGGCACCCCGGGAACCUGGGAAUACAACAUCCCCCUACACCCUUCCCACCCUUCCUACCAGCACCAACACCAACAAAACGGCAACGGCGCCAACAACUCCCCGCCAUACGAUGAAGAAAACCAGCAAAACACAGCGCUCCAGCGACUCGGUUAUUGGAAGUGUCGCCUGUGCUCAGCACCCAAGUAUCUUUUGGCGGGAACCGGCCGUUCCCCCGCCGCCCCCUGCAAGUGGCCGCUCAAGGACAUCUCCAAGAUGAUUACGCAUUUUACGGAAAUGCACACGGAGCACAGUCCGGCCGAGCGGUGUUCGGAGCUGGGGUACGCGCUGGCCAAGAACCGCGGCCCGUUCGAGUACUGGCUGCGCCGGACAAGGGCGCAGAACGUGGGCGAUGGCGAGAUCAUUGAUGAGAUCAUUCAGGGUCUUAUUAAUGGCGUGAUGCCGCACCAACUGAGGAGGCUGAGUAGGGCGGCGUCUGGGAUGCCGGCUUAG